CCUAAAAAUAUAUGUACUUAUAAUUGAACAUACGUACAUUAAUACGAGUAUGUAUGCGUGUGUAGGCAAUGCAAAAUGUGAUCAUUUAUUUAGCAUGUAACCAUGCACAAACGUGGUUGUGCUAUUUACUGCUUAACCUUUGAAUAUGUGUAUACAUAUGUUAUGCGCGAAGUUUAGCAGAAUAGAAGAGGAAUCACUUAAUAGCAGUGAAGCAGACACAUUUCAGGAUCCUGUUGAUGAAACACUUCAUAAUGCAUUGAAGACUGCCUUGAAGAGAGAAGUUUCGGAUUGGAAUGCAGUACUUGAUAAGUGGUCAAAAACUUAUGAAUUGCGUCGUAAAGAAUCCCAAACCUUGAAUGCAUGCGAAUUUUUGCAAGAAUGGCCGAAGUAUACCGAUUCUCGUGCAGUGGAUUUGAUCAAGCUUGAUUUUACAAUUGCGUAUCCAGGAAAAGAAUCUAUUUUAUUAUCUAAAUGGGAUAAUUUUAAAAAGAAAAUAGUUAUAUACUAUAAGGAAAAUAUUCACAAUGCUACAUGUAAACAUUUAUUGGAACAAGUUCAGUCGGCGGAAUCUAUUGAUUCUUCGGACUACAUAAUAACAGCUCUUCUACCGUCGGUCUUACCUUCUAACAGUUGGCAUUCAUCUAAAUCAAAGACUUCAAGAACACGGGUAACUUUAUUGGACUCACAGGAAAGUCUCGUGCUUCGUUUGGAUACAAUUGGGGACUACGAGCGUAAAGUAAACAAUCUUAUUUGCAAAAAUUACGGUAAUUCAAAUACACUUCAACCUUUUAUCAUUGUGGAAGGCGUGAACUCCAACGAUAUAAAGUCGUUCUUUGUAUACUUUGAUAAAACAAUAUACAAAUUAGAUUCAUUUAUUGAUUGUUUGGAUGUUUGCUUCAAACUUUUUAACACCCUAAAUCUGCAUUAUCCAAUAGCUUCGAAGUUUCCAUGGCUAUUCAUACAAAAAUACUUUUAUGAAAUUGACACGCCUUAUGAUGUAAAGUCUGCAAACUUAACUGCUUUAUUAAGUUUUAUGAGAAAGUGAAAAUAAAACAUUGCUGUAAAAAUGUUUCCAUGCUUUCGAUGUAACAAAAAAUUUAACACUGCGGAUUUAUUAAUCCAUCAUUUACAAAAUGAUCAUGUUUUAAAAAAGCCUGGGUUCUGUGACCCGUUACAAUGCAAAAUUAACAAUUGCAAUCAAUUAUUUUUGAAAUAUUGUAUAUUUAGAAAACAUUUAUGUAAGACACAUGAAAAUGCGAUUGGUGACUCCUUUUAUGAAGAUUUUGUUUCUCAAAAUAUGGUUAACCCGGAUUUCCAUUCACAUGAAAUACAAAUUGAAAAAGCCUGUUUAGUAAAAUAUAAUAGUUUUGAUUUAGACGACAGUUUUAAUAUCCAGGAAUAUAUAACAGAUCUAAAAAAAAAAUGUCUUCAAUUAACACUUGGGCUGCAUUCUAAAUGUUUCAUGCCUAGAAAUGAAGUAACUGCUAUUCAAUACCUGAUAACUAAAUUGGUUUCGCCUAUCUCCAAAGCUCUCAAUUAUUACAGCGCAUGCAAUUCUGAAACUAAAGAAGCACUCGAAUGCAUUACUUCCUUUUUAACCAGCCCGUUUGAGGAAAUAAAAUCGGAAUACCGGCUUUUUAAAUUUUUAAAAGAAAUGCAUUUAUUUGAAGAUCCCAAGUCAUUUACUGUAUCAAAUAAAAUCGGCCCUAAAUUUAAAAAAGGAAAUGCAUCUCUUUUCCCGAAUAAAAUAGAUAUCCAUAUUAUGCCUAUAAAAUUUCAAAUUAAAUCAUUUUUUGAACUUCCUAAUGUUUUGAAUCUAACACUUCAAAAUAAAAAAUUACUUCAAAAUCAAGGUAACCUUAUUAACUUUGUAAAUUCUGAAACAUUUGCAAACAAACUGCAGAAUUUUCUUCCUGAUGACAUUGUGAUUACAUUUUUUCUGUAUUUUGAUGACUUUCAAAUAAACAAUGCUUUAGGAGCUCAUGUAUCUUCUAUAUGUGGCUGCUAUUAUUCAUUUCCAACCUUGCCUCAGCAUUUAUUAUCCAAAUUAGAUUUCAUUUUCCCGUUUGCAUAUAUUCCAUCACAUGCAUUGAAAAGAAAUGACCAUGAAAUCAUUUUUAACCACUUAUUUCGUGAGCUUGAAGAAUUAGAAAAUGGAAUUGAAAUACAAAUACCUGAAGGAUCAAAACAAAUAUAUUUUGUUUUAGGCCUUAUUUUAGGAGAUAACUUAGGAUUGAAUUCUAUAUUUGGUUUUGUUCAAUCAUUUAAGGCUAAGCGAUUUUGUCGAGUGUGUAAAAGAAGUAGCUUAGAAAUGAAAUCAGACAGUGAAGAGCACAAAGAGUAUUUAAGAGAUAAAAAUUGUUAUGAAAAUGAUUUGGAAGCAAAUAAUUUUUUAGAGACUGGUAUUAAAACUGUUUGUAUAUUCAACGAACUAAAAAACUUCCACGUAACAGAAAACUUUUAUUUUGAUUUGAUGCAUGAUGUUUUAGAAGGCGUAUGUGUUUACGGUAUUUGUCAAACCUUAAACGCUUUAAUUAAUGAAAAAAUUGUAUGUUUAUCAACAAUUAACAGUAGAAAAAAUCUGUUUUCUUAUGGCGAAAUAGAAAUAAAGAACUCGUCACGACCGCUAGAAUUAACUAAACUUAAGAAAAAUGAACUUAGAAUGACAGCUAGUGAAAAAUUUUGUUUCGCUAAGUUUUUGCCUUUAAUAAUCGGAGAUCUGAUUCCAGAAAGUAUUCAGCAUUGGAUUUUAUUUACAAAACUUUUGGAAAUUAUUGACAUUCUGUUUCAAAAUAAAUUUACAACAAAAGAUUUAAAAAACUUAGAAACAAAAAUAAAAGUGCACCAUGAGCUAUAUGUGAAUUUGUAUGGACCUACGCUAAAACCUAAACACCAUUUUCUCGUGCAUUACCCUACAGCUAUUUUAAAAUGCGGGCCUUUGAAAUAUGCAUGGGUUAUGCGGUUUGAGGCAAAACAUAGAGCAUCUAAAGCAUAUUUAGCUUCAAUUACAUCGAGAAAAAAUGAAUGUCGAUCGGUAGCUAUAAAACAGUGCCUUCAUUUUUCAUCUUGCUAAGUUAUGAGUCAGGUAUUCCACCAUUAUUUGAUAAGUAUAGCUUUACAGACAAAUCUAUAACAGACAUACAAUGUUUGGAAAAUGUAUGCUAUUCAAAAUUGUUUAAGUCCAAUCACUUAAAAUAUUGUGAAAAUUUAGAAUUUAAAGGAGUUUUGUAUAAAAAAAACUAUUAUUUAGGGAAUAACGAAAAUAAUAUCAAAUUGUUUAAGUUGCUUUUCUUUUUUUAUGAAGAAGCUCAAAUCUACGCUGCUUGUAAUGAAAUAAAAGUUGAACGAUUUUGUAAACAUAUGCAAGCUUAUGAAGUUGGCCACAAAGAUCGAACAUUAAUUAUUAAGGAUAUAGAAUAUUUUACAAGCCACCCAUUGCAUGUAUAUUUGAAUAACAACGGUAAAAGCUAUGUAAAAUAUAGAUCUAUUUAAAUUCUAUUAUUGUUAUUACUAUUAUU